AUGAGACUCCCGACAGCCCUCCUCCCCCUCGCAGCCGCCCUCGUCGCCGCGGUCGACAUGGCGCCCUACGUCCCCGCCGCGGGCGUCGACGCCGCCUUCGCCGACUUCGUCGAGGCGUACUACCUCGCCUCGGAGGACCAGUUCGCCACCACGUCCUUCACCGACUUCUGGCCCGCCGACAACACCGGCGUGCUCGUCAUCGCGGGCCGCGCCUUCCCCGGGGCCGCGUCGAUCCUGGGCGUCAAGCAGUCGCUGCUCCCGCCGAGCGGCGACAAGUCGUGGUGGCACCUCAUCCGCGGCGCCGCCGUGGAAGCCGAGACGGCGGCCGACAAGACGUUCGUCGCGGAGAUCGUCAUCCAGACGACAUAUGUCGGCGGCAACUGCUCGCAGGCGUAUGGUGAUGCGAGGUUCACUGUUCUCAAGGACGAGGUGGGCUCGGCGAGGUUGAAGCCGCAAUCGGGCAGCUUGAGCGUGUACAACCUCACAGUCUCGACGACGGAUUCGCCGACAGACAUCCCAUGUAGCCUAUCUUGA